GUAUAACAAAUCAAAGUUUCAAGCACUGUUCACCUCCAAAAUGUGAUCCCCCAUGUCAUAUCCAAACACAUGUUGAUCCCGGUGAAUGUCCUGGAUGUGUUUGUCCUGAUAUAACAGAUCCCAAUUUCAAGCAUUGUUCACCUCCAAAGUGUGAUGCGCCUUGUUACGUUCAAACUGAUGUUGCUCCUGGUGAAUGCCCUGGAUGCGUUUGUCCUGAUAUAACAGAUCCCAAUUUCAAGCAUUGUUCACCUCCAAAGUGUGAUGCGCCUUGUUACGUUCAAACUGAUGUUGCUCCUGGUGAAUGCCCUGGAUGCGUUUGUCCUGAUAUAACAGAUCCCAAUUUCAAGCAUUGUUCACCUCCAAAGUGUGAUGCGCCUUGUUACGUUCAAACUGAUGUUGCUCCUGGUGAAUGCCCUGGAUGCGUUUGUCCUGAUAUAACAGAUCCCAAUUUCAAGCAUUGUUCACCUCCAAAGUGUGAUGCGCCUUGUUACAUUCAAACUGAUGUUGCUCCUGGUGAAUGCCCUGGAUGCGUUUGUCCUGAUAUAACAGAUCCCAAUUUCAAGCAUUGUUCACCUCCAAAGUGUGAUGCGCCUUGUUACGUUCAAACUGAUGUUGCUCCUGGUGAAUGCCCUGGAUGCGUUUGUCCUGAUAUAACAGAUCCCAAUUUCAAGCAUUGUUCACCUCCAAAGUGUGAUGCGCCUUGUUACGUUCAAACUGAUGUUGCUCCUGGUGAAUGCCCUGGAUGCGUUUGUCCUGAUAUAACAGAUCCCAAUUUCAAGCAUUGUUCACCUCCAAAGUGUGAUGCGCCUUGUUACGUUCAAACUGAUGUUGCUCCUGGUGAAUGCCCUGGAUGCGUUUGUCCUGAUAUAACAGAUCCCAAUUUCAAGCAUUGUUCACCUCCAAAGUGUGAUGCGCCUUGUUACGUUCAAACUGAUGUUGCUCCUGGUGAAUGCCCUGGAUGCGUUUGUCCUGAUAUAACAGAUCCCAAUUUCAAGCAUUGUUCACCUCCAAAGUGUGAUGCGCCUUGUUACGUUCAAACUGAUGUUGCUCCUGGUGAAUGCCCUGGAUGCGUUUGUCCUGAUAUAACAGAUCCCAAUUUCAAGCAUUGUUCACCUCCAAAGUGUGAUGCGCCUUGUUACGUUCAAACUGAUGUUGCUCCUGGUGAAUGCCCUGGAUGCGUUUGUCCUGAUAUAACAGAUCCCAAUUUCAAGCAUUGUUCACCUCCAAAGUGUGAUGCGCCUUGUUACGUUCAAACUGAUGUUGCUCCUGGUGAAUGCCCUGGAUGCGUUUGUCCUGAUAUAACAGAUCCCAAUUUCAAGCAUUGUUCACCUCCAAAGUGUGAUGCGCCUUGUUACGUUCAAACUGAUGUUGCUCCUGGUGAAUGCCCUGGAUGCGUUUGUCCUGAUAUAACAGAUCCCAAUUUCAAGCAUUGUUCACCUCCAAAGUGUGAUGCGCCUUGUUACGUUCAAACUGAUGUUGCUCCUGGUGAAUGCCCUGGAUGCGUUUGUCCUGAUAUAACAGAUCCCAAUUUCAAGCAUUGUUCACCUCCAAAGUGUGAUGCGCCUUGUUACGUUCAAACUGAUGUUGCUCCUGGUGAAUGCCCUGGAUGCGUUUGUCCUGAUAUAACAGAUCCCAAUUUCAAGCAUUGUUCACCUCCAAAGUGUGAUGCGCCUUGUUACGUUCAAACUGAUGUUGCUCCUGGUGAAUGCCCUGGAUGCGUUUGUCCUGAUAUAACAGAUCCCAAUUUCAAGCAUUGUUCACCUCCAAAGUGUGAUGCGCCUUGUUACGUUCAAACUGAUGUUGCUCCUGGUGAAUGCCCUGGAUGCGUUUGUCCUGAUAUAACAGAUCCCAAUUUCAAGCAUUGUUCACCUCCAAAGUGUGAUGCGCCUUGUUACGUUCAAACUGAUGUUGCUCCUGGUGAAUGCCCUGGAUGCGUUUGUCCUGAUAUAACAGAUCCCAAUUUCAAGCAUUGUUCACCUCCAAAGUGUGAUGCGCCUUGUUACGUUCAAACUGAUGUUGCUCCUGGUGAAUGCCCUGGAUGCGUUUGUCCUGAUAUAACAGAUCCCAAUUUCAAGCAUUGUUCACCUCCAAAGUGUGAUGCGCCUUGUUACGUUCAAACUGAUGUUGCUCCUGGUGAAUGCCCUGGAUGCGUUUGUCCUGGUAAUUUAUUAUCAUAUUGA